UUUCUAGCAAUAAAUAAAGAAGUGCCGAUCCAAGCCGAGCAGUCUAUCCGUCAAAAAAAAAAGUCGCGCUGUAACAAUGGGCCGGGCAGAAUCAGCCUGCAGUUGGUUGUGUUUACUGGCUAUCCUCGUCAAUAAAGGACUCUCCAGUCCCCUGGCGGGUAAAGAAGCCUGGGCCUAUGAGGAAGUGAGGGAGGGGGCCCACAUGUUCUGGUGGCUGUACCCUGCUGACACCGACAGCCAGAACCGGCCUCUGGUUAUGUGGCUGCAGGGUGGACCAGGAGGCUCAGGAAGUGGCUUUGGGAACUUUGAGGAGAUUGGACCUUUGAACAGGGACCUGGAGCCCAGAAAGACGAGCUGGGUGCAGGCAGCAAAUGUGUUGUUUGUAGACAACCCUGUGGGCACUGGCUUCAGCUACACUGACCGGCCAGACGGCUAUGCUACCGAUGUGGCCACGGUGGCCUCAGACAUGCUGGUGCUGCUCCAGCACUUCUUUAAAAAGAUGGAGGAGUUCCAGAGCAACCCCUUCUACAUCUUCUCCGAGUCGUAUGGAGGGAAGAUGGCAGCUGCUAUCUCCUUGGAACUCACCAAGGCCAUAGCACAAGGGACGGUGAAAUGCAACUUUGCUGGUGUGGCACUUGGGGACUCUUGGAUUUCCCCACUGGACUCUGUCAUGACCUGGGGACCGUACCUCUACACUACUUCGCUGCUGGAUGAUUACGGCCUGGCUGACGUCAGCAAUGCAGCGGACGCGGUGAAGCAAGCUGUGGAGCAGCAGCAGUUUGAGAAAGCCACAGAGCUGUGGUCUGUGGCUGAGACGGUGGUGGAGCAGAACACCAAUGGAGUGAACUUCUACAACAUCCUGACCCAGGAGCCGGAUGAGAAACGCACCUCCGUAGCAGGAGACUUCAUCGCUCUGCAGACACAUCGCCAUAUUCGGCCCCUCCACCGCCAAUCCCUGAGUGAGCUGAUGAAUGGACCAGUCAGGAAGAAACUGGGCAUCAUCCCCCAAAAUGUCACAUGGGGAGGUACAUUUCUCUCCACAUUUGUGCUCUUCAGUUUUAGUUUGACAGACAUUCUUAAGACUAUUAAGAGCCUGUGGACCAAACUGCUGACCGCUGGAGUCAACGUCACCAUCUACAAUGGACAGCUGGAUCUCAUAGUGGACACCAUGGGUCAGGAGCUGUGGGUGAAGAAGCUGAAGUGGGAGGGGCUACCUGGGUUUAACAAGCUGAGGUGGACCCCCCUGGAUGACCCCACCUCCCCAGGCGUCACUGGUGCUUUCUGCAAGACUUAUAAGAACUUUUCCUUCUAUUGGAUCCUCAGAGCCGGACACAUGAUUCCCUCAGACCAGGGGCCGAUGGCCUUGCAGAUGUUGAAGAUGAUCACCCAGCAGGAUUGAUCCGUCCACUCUGACGCCAAAAGGAAUGGCUAUGACAAUCAGUGAUCACUGGAACAUUUUUUUUUUAAUCUUCCCUCUCUGCUAAACCAAAUGAAGACUCUCAGUGCUCUGAUUACAGCAAUGAUCUGUGCAACUUUCAGCAAUAACAAUAAAGACACCUUUUCUUUUUAGUA